CUUAAGUCUAAGCAUGAGGAUGUCAUUCUGUUUAUUGGCGUUUUUUGUACCUAUAUUUGUUUUCGUUGUCGUUUCUGGCAGACAGCCUAAUGAGCAUUAUCAUCGCUAUAUGCUCUCCGAUUAUAGGCCACAGCAUAAUCCUAGAACCCAAAUGGAUUAUAAACGUCAUAAGGGUCCAGUUUAUCCCACAGAUGAAACGCAUAAUAAGAAUAUAAGCAACACCAUGGGACCUUUAAUUAAACUUGUCGCAAGUGAGCAAACAAUUCCCCUAAAGGACCUGCUCGUUCGCAUCUAUAUAAAUGAGAAAUUUCAUUGCAUGGGUGUUGUACUAACUGAAAUGCUAGUACUAUCAGCUGAAAUCUGUUUUAUAAACAUGAGUCCAGAGAAAUACAUGGUUAAAACAUCGGAUGAUAGACUGCACGAAGCUUUUAAAUUAAAUACUACUUUUUAUUUUAGAAGAGAUCUGGAACUUUUAACUGUGUUGCAAUUUCGAGAGCCAGUCUUUUUUCCACAAAUAGAAAAUGGCCCUUUUAAAGCCAUGAUGUGUAACCAUGUCUUGGAAGAAAACUCACGAGCCCUUCUAACAACCUACAUACGUUGGCGUCGCAGUGUCUAUACCCAGAGAACUGUGGUUCUUGCAUUAGAGGAAUGCCGCAGACGUAUGCACGAUCAGGUGGGUAAGGUAUUCAACGAGACAAUGUUUUGUGUGAAAAACCAAAAGUACACUGACGAUUGCCAGCCAACAUUUGGUAAUCCACUGAUCUAUGAAGGCGCAAUCUGUGGCAUUAAUGUCUUGGGUCAUAAUUGUCCAAAAUACUUUGGCGUCGAUGCCUAUGUUCAUGUUUAUAAUCCCGACGAUUAUAUAAUCAAUAGAAUCGAAGCCAUUAGAAAAUUAAGAAUAGAGAACGCCAUAUUCUAAAAUAAAUGUGAAACGAAUUUGGCAAAUAAA